GGGACGGGUCAGAGGGCGUGUCCAAAAAGGCUGAGGGCCUGGUGGAACAGAACCUCAGGCUGCAGUCUUAGGGGGCAGGUCGUGAAAGGUCAAGGUGGGUGUGACUAUCCAGGUGGGGCUGACCAAGUUGGGUCUGGAAGGGCGGGACCUAUACGUCACUGGCCGGAGUGGGAACAGGACUAGGUGAUGAAAAAGGGGGACUAGGUAAUGAACAGGGUACCUGGAGAGACGAGGUCUGGGCAGUGUGUUGCCUAAUGGGUGGGGACAGAAAGGAAAGUUGUGAAGGUGCAGGGGUGGGGCUUGGACCGUGCGUUUUCGGGGCGUGGCCUAGCGGGGGUGGGGCCGUGGAGAUCCCUGUUGCGGCGUCGGGGCCUGUGGCGUCCAGACCGGGCGUUGCGGGAGGUAACGGGCUUCAUCAGGUGAUGGAGGCCCGCCAGGCGCCCGGGGGCCCCCGAGCGUGGCUGCUGCUGAUGUUUUUGCUGCUUGCGCCUUGGGGCGCCCGCACGGCCUCGGGAGUCGCCCUGCCCCCCACGGGGGUCUUCAGCCUCCGCGCCCCCGGCCUGGCCUGGGCAGGGCCGGCCACCCCCCUGUCGCGGCGGAGCCUGGCGCUGGCGGACGACGCGGCCUUCCGGGAGCGCGCGCGGCUGCUGGCCGCCCUGGAGCGCCGCCACUGGCUGAACUCGUACAUGCACAAGCUGCUGGUGCUGGACGCGCGCUGAGCGCCCCGCCCGCCCCGCCCCAAUAAAGACCCUGCCCUGCGCUC